AUGGGCGGGAAGAGGGACUCGAAUGGCGCGUCUUCCGUGAUGACAGGUACCUCGUUCGUGCCGUGGGCCAGCUUCGUGCUUGGGGAGAGGGUCUGGGACGCGAGGCAACCCUGUGUUUCCUUCACCUUGAGCUUCGGCCGCUGUUCUUACUUUCUCUGCCAGCGUGCUGGCGCUCCUCGUCAGGGCAAGGGCCGCGGAUUGUCUCCCAGGGGUCUCCCCAUCCGGGCUGACGGCACGGUCCCCGCUCCCCCAGACGCGCGACCCUCCACCGUAGGGCGACUUCACUCUAUUUUUAAGCUUCAGGUACUUAAGCUUUUAAGUGGGAACCCUGGUGGUACAUCCACAGUAAAGGCAGAUUCAAAAGCCAUUACAACCUCUCUUACUACCAAAUGGGUUUCCACUCCAUUAUUGUUAGAAGCCAGUGAGUUUUUAGCAGAAACCAGUCAAGAGAAAUUUUGGAAUUUUGUAGAAGCCAGUCAAAACAUUGGAUCAUCAGAGGAUCACGGUAGUGAUUAUUCUUAUUAUCGUGCAAUAUUGGAGGCUGCAUUUCGAUUUCUGUCACCUCUACAGCAGAAUUUGUUGAAAUUUUGUCUGUCUCUUCAUUCUUACUCAGCUACAAUUCAAGCCUUCCAGCAGAUAGCAGCGGAAGAACCUCCACCUGAAGGCUGCAGUUCUUUUUUUUCAAUUCAUGGGAAGAAGACUUGUAAUUUUGAUGACAUUGAGACUCUUCUGCGCACAGCAUCUGAAAGACCUAAGCCAUUAUUAUUCAAAGGAGAUCAUAGAUAUCCGUCAUCUAAUCCAGAUAGUCCAGUGGUGAUUUUCUACUCUGAGAUUGGCUAUAAAGAAUUUUCUACUUUCCAUCAACAACUCAUAUCAAAAAGCAAUGCUGGCAAAAUCAAUUAUGUAUUCAGACAUUAUAUAUCUAACCCUGGGAAGGAGCCUGUUUACCUCUCUGGUUAUGGUGUGGAGUUGGCCAUUAAGAGCACUGAGUACAAAGCCAAGGAUGAUACUCAGGUGAAAGGAGCUGAGGUAAAUACCACAGUGAUUGGUGAAAAUGAUCCUAUUGAUGAAGUUCAAGGAUUCCUUUUUGGAAAAUUAAGAGAUCUGCACCCUGCUCUGAAGGGACAGUUGAAAGAAUUCAGAAAGCAUCUUGUGGAGAGCACCAAUGAAAUGGCACCUUUGAAAGUUUGGCAGUUGCAAGGUAGUGGAAAUUAUUUUAAAGGAACUUUAGGAUUACAGCCUGGAGAUUCUGCUCUGUUCAUCAAUGGACUUCACAUUGAUUUAGAUACGCAGGAUAUAUUCAGUUUAUCCGACAUAUUGAGGAAUGAAGCAUGGGUAAUGGAAGGUCUACACAGAUUGGGAAUCGAAGGCCUUUCUCUGCAUAAUGUUUUGAAACUGAACAUCCAGCCUUCUGAGGCGGACUAUGCAGUAGACAUCAGGAGUCCUGCCAUUUCAUGGAUUAACAACCUAGAAGUUGAUAGCAGAUAUGAUUCAUGGCCUUCCAGUCUACAAGAGUUGCUUAGACCCACCUUUCCUGGUGUUAUCAGGCAGAUCAGGAAAAAUUUGCAUAACAUGGUUUUUAUAGUUGACCCUGCUCAUGAGACCACAGCAGAUUUGAUUAACACAGCUGAAAUGUUCCUCAGUAAUCACAUACCACUAAGAAUUGGCUUUAUCUUCGUGGUUAAUGACUCUGAAGAUGUUGAUGGGAUGCAUGAUGCUGGAGUGGCUGUUUUUCGAGCAUAUAAUUAUGUUGCCCAAGACUUGGAUGAUUAUCAUGCCUUCCAAACUCUGAUACAUAUAUAUAACAAGGUGAGGAAUGGCGAAAAGGUGACAGUUGAACAUGUGGUCAGCAUCUUGGAGAAGAAAUAUCCAUAUGUAGAAGUGAAUAGCAUUUUGGGGAUUGAUUCUGCUUAUGAUCAGAACCGGAAGGGUGAACUAUCCCAUGAUCAAGACGUGGUUGAGUAUAUCAUGAAUCAGCCAAAUGUAGUUCCACGAAUUAAUUCUAGGAUUUUGACAACUGAGCGAGAGUAUUUGGAUCUAACGGCAAAUAAUAACUUCUUUGUGGAUGACUAUGCUAGAUUUACUGUCUUGGAUUCUCAAGGAAAAACUGCUGCUGUAGCCAAUAGUAUGAAAUACCUGACAAAGAAAGGAAUGUCCUCCAAGGAAAUCUAUGAUGAUUCUUUUAUCAGGCCAGUAACUUUUUGGAUUGUUGGAGAUUUUGAUAAGCCUUCUGGAAGACAAUUAUUGUAUGAUGCUAUUAAACAUCAGAAAUCUAGUAAUAAUGUGAGAAUAAGUGUUAUAAAUAAUCCUAGUGAAGAUAUAAGUUAUGAGAACACUCAGAUCUCCAGAGCAAUUUGGACAGCGCUCCAAAUGCAAGCCUCCAACUCUGCCAAGAACUUCAUCACCAAAAUGGUCAAGGAGGAGACCGCAGCAGCGCUGGCUGCUGGGGCUGACAUCAGUGUGUUCUCUGUUGGAAUUAUUGGGCCAUUGGAGGAUAAUGAAUUGUUUAAUCAAGAUGAUUUCCAUCUGCUAGAAAAUAUUGUACUAAAAACUUCAGGACAGAAAAUAAAAUCUCAUAUUCAACAGCUUCAAGUAGAAGAAGAUGUGGCAAGUGACUUAGUAAUGAAGGUAGAUGCUCUCUUGUCCGCUCAACCCAAAGGAGAUGCAAGGAUUGAGCACCAGUUCUUUGAAGAUAGACUCAGUGCCCUUAAACUGAAGCCAAAGGAAGGAGAAACAUAUUUUGAUGUUGUAGCCAUCAUUGACCCUGUCACCAGAGAAGCACAAAGACUUGCCCCAUUGCUCUUGGUAGGAACAAAUGCUGGUCUUGUUUCCUUGAAUUACUUUUAUCGUUAUGUCUUAGAACCAGAGAUUUCUUUCACUUCUGAUAAUAGCUUUGCUAAAGGUCCAAUAGCAAAAUUUUUGGACAUGCCACAGUCUCCUCUGUUUACUCUGAAUCUGAAUACACCUGAAAGUUGGAUGGUAGAAUCUGUCAGAACACCAUAUGAUCUUGACAAUAUUUAUUUAGAAGAGGUAGAGAGCAUCGUGACUGCUGAGUAUGAGCUGGAGUACCUGUUACUAGAAGGUCAUUGUUAUGACAUCACCACAGGCCAACCUCCCCGAGGACUGCAGUUUACCUUAGGAACUUCGGCUAACCCAGUCAUUGUUGACACCAUUGUAAUGGCUAAUCUGGGCUACUUUCAAUUAAAAGCUAACCCAGGAGCUUGGAUUCUCAGACUUAGGAAGGGGCGAUCUGAAGACAUUUAUAGAAUCUACAGCCAUGAUGGUACAGAUUCUCCUCCUGAUGCUGAUGAAGUUGUUGUUGUCCUCAACAAUUUCAAGGGCAAAAUUAUUAAAGUGAAGGUUCAAAAGAAGGCAGACAUGGUGAAUGAAGACUUAUUGAGUGAUGGAACUAGUGAGAAUGAAUCUGGAUUUUGGGAUUCCUUCAAAUGGGGUUUUUCAGGAGGACAGAAGACUGAGGAAGUGAAACAAGACAAAGAUAACAUAAUUAAUAUUUUCUCUGUUGCAUCUGGUCAUCUGUACGAGAGAUUUCUUCGUAUAAUGAUGCUGUCGGUACUGAAGAAUACCAAGACUCCUGUGAAAUUUUGGUUCUUAAAGAAUUAUUUGUCCCCUACAUUUAAGGAGUUUAUACCUUACAUGGCAAAUGAAUACAAUUUCCAUUAUGAACUUGUUCAGUAUAAGUGGCCCCGGUGGCUUCAUCAGCAGACUGAAAAGCAGCGUAUCAUCUGGGGUUACAAGAUCCUCUUUUUAGAUGUCCUCUUCCCUCUUGUUGUUGACAAAUUCCUAUUUGUGGAUGCCGAUCAGAUUGUACGGACAGAUCUGAAAGAGUUAAGAGAUUUCAAUUUGGAUGGUGCUCCUUAUGGUUAUACUCCUUUCUGUGAAAGUCGAAGAGAAAUGGAUGGCUACAGAUUCUGGAAGUCGGGCUACUGGGCCAGCCAUUUAGCUGGGCGAAAGUAUCAUAUCAGGCUUUUGGAUUUGCCCAAUAACAUGAUUCAUCAGGUGCCCAUUAAAUCUCUCCCUCAAGAAUGGCUUUGGUGUGAGACUUGGUGUGAUGAUGCCUCUAAGAAAAAGGCUAAGACAAUUGAUUUGUGUAAUAAUCCAAUGACCAAAGAGCCCAAACUGGAAGCAGCUAUGCGAAUUGUCCCUGAGUGGCAGGACUAUGAUCAAGAAAUCAAACAAUUACAAACCCGCUUUCAAAAGGAGAAAGAAACAGGGCCACUGUCUAAAGAGAAUAAGACAAAAGAGUCAAGCCAAGGUCAUCAGACACGUGAAGAAUUAUGAUCUCCUGGGAAGAACAGGAAAUUGCCCCGUUGGAAGAACAAUUCUUAUACUAAAUGCUAGGGAUUUUUUCUGAUCUGUCUCUACAACUGCUGGUGAACUGACUGGCUGAGCAAGUGUGCCAUGAUUUGGAUUCUGAGAGUUUGAUUUGACUUCUGCACACUGAUGGGGUUAAGGCACUACUAGAGAAGGAAGUACCUCAGAGGAAGACUAAUGACUUAUCUUCCAAAACUCUGUACAAAGCGGCCUUCCAACCAGAGGGGAGCAUGACAGCAGUACUAGAAAAAAACCAGUACUUUGAUACCCACUCCCACAAGCACACACGCUGCACAUCAUGGGAAGCAGGUCAGCCAUGGCCACCACACACUUCCCUACCUCAAUUUUUACAUAGCCAUGGAGUAACGUGUGCUGUGGGCGGAUGUCCAUCAUAUGGGAUUGUGUCAACAACAGCUGUGGCCACACUGACAUGCUCCAUGCGCCCCUAAUCCUUUCUUUCCCGCACUGUAGGUCAUUGCUUACUCAGAUUCCAGCCAGCCAACCAAGCAUGUGUCUUCAGGGCUGGCUUAGUGCAGCAGCUAAGCAGAUUAAUCAGGACACAGGAUGGACCUGGGUUUGAAUCAGGAUAGGAAAAAUAUCAGAUAGCGGGGCCCUAGAGUAUUGGGGGCAGGGUGGUGAGAAAGGCCAGAGUCUGGCUAUUAUCUUUGAUAAAUCAAUAUCAUUGUGAAGAAUUUGAAACAUUAAUAUUCUCCAUCCAAUCCCAGUGAAUUUUUGAUGUAAUUGUUGUUGUUGGUUUUUUUAAUCAUUUUAUUGGGGGCUCAUGCAACUCAUCACAUCCAUCCAUCCAU